AUGAACCCCUUGACACCACCAAUCGAAGAAGAACAAGAAGUUGCGAAAGAGUUGGACUCUUCCUGCAACCAUCAUCAGCAGUCCAUCAAUGCCAGCAGCCAUGAAGAGUCUUCUUCUUCUUCUUCUUCUUCGUUUAGAGGAAACAAACAUGCACUUCGUGUUGUUGGAAUUGGUGCCGGAAGUUCCAGUCGUCCACCAAAUGAGUUCACCAGAGACGCCACUGGCCGCAGUGACAGAAGUAGAUUUGCUAACUGGUUGACCAAUACAAUUCCGCUGCCUCACUGCUGCUGUCCCUUCUUCGGGGUGCAGCCAUUUGGCCCUCGCACCAGACUUUAUCAGGUCUGGCAAGGGAAAAACCAGGUGAUUGUUAAUCUGAUCUUGGCCAGCACUCGAGACCCAGGAAUCAUUCCAAGGAAUCAAGUCUCAAAUGCAACUGACAUCAUCUCCAGAAGUAGGAGGGUCAGCGUUGAAGGUGUCUCGGUGAAGAUUAAAUAUUGUAAGAUAUGUAAGAUAUACCGUCCACCAAGAAGCUGUCACUGUGUUGUCUGUGACAACUGCGUCGAUAGAUUCGAUCACCACUGCCCUUGGAUUGGCCAAUGCAUCGGAUUGCGAAACUCUCGGUAUUACUUGAUGUUCAUAUUAUCAGCGUUGGUCUUCUUCAGCUACAUAUUUGCCUUCUCAUGGUUGAGGAUUAGGAGAAACUGGUCGAAGACUCGCUCGGGCUUGUUUCGGAUGCUUGGGGAUGCACCUGAAACCUUUCUCUUAGCACUGUUUAGCUUUAUGGCGAUCUGGUUGCUCGGAGGGUUCUUCAUUUUUCAUGCCUAUCUUAUUGCACACAAUCAGACAGCUCGUGAGAAUUUUAAGCAAUCAUAUGCCAAGACUCCUAAUCCUUACGAUAAAGGGAUACUGAGGAACAUCAAGGAAGCUUUGUUCACAAGAUUGCCACCAUCCAAAGUCAAUUUUCGAGCGCUCGUUGAGCCUGACUGGUGUUCCAUCGCAAGAAUGCUUGCGAGUUCUCCUAGCAGAGGAGACGAACCAACAGUUGCAGUGCAGCAUGUUCCUUGAGCAGAAAAAGGAUCACCGGACAAGAACAUGUGGAUGAUGGACUGACCGAGUGACAUCUCUCGUUAUCCAUUAGCAUCUA